AUGCCGCCGCGGAAGCAGCACAGACGCGUUAGCGCAUUCCCCGCGAUAGCAGAAUAUGGAGAAAGUACGCCGACUUCGUCAGUUUUAAGUCCGUCCACAAGAGGUUUGAGGAGGACUACUUUUGUGGAGAUAUGGCCGAAAAAUAAUGGUCCCACUGAGGUAAUCCGAGGAAAAAUACCAGAAGAUCAAAUUCCCAGCUGGCUUGAACAAAAAGAUGCCUUUGCUCAUACAAGUAAUGAGACAUCAAAAAUGGGUGCUCUAAGACUGCUGUUUACAAAUAGAGCAAUGAAUUCCGAUAAGAAAGCUGUUGGGAUGACUUUCAGUGAUGAUACACUUCAAGUGAUUAUGAGCCGCCUUCAACUACCAGCAGCAUUUGCACAGAUGCUAGCACCGGACCAAAUUGAACCUCCACGAUUCUCUCAUAAUACUCUAUUUGAUACUCAUGGAAACCAUUUGGGUAUGGCAUUAGCAAUUCACUUUCAUCGCUGGCGCCUUGAAUCCAUCACCCUUGGUCUUUCUUACAACCAGAAUACCAAAGUAACCACGGCUCUUCUCCUCGAGAACUCCAAAGAUCCAACUCACGAAUCAUUCAUUCACUAUAUCUUAUUGCAAUCCACAUACCUAACUCAUCCGCUCUUCCUUCCUCUAAUUCUGGCCGAGCUAAUGCUCGACACUCACCGAACGCAGUUAGAUCGAACCACAUCCCGCCUCCGAAACCUCGAAUCCGCAAUCGGAAUCCACGAUCACGAUUACCAUUCCACCUCAUCCCCUUCUUACAGCACACCUGACAAAUCGCCCCUCCCAGACUUCCCCUUCAUCUCUCGCUCGCUAAAUGGAGAAUCCACCCGUUUAGCCCUCUACGAAGUAAAAGUAAGAUCCAAUAUUCAUCUCCUGCAAGCACUUAUUCGCGGCCCCUAUUUCACAACUCUUCUCCCGACGCAUGAUCUGGAUGGAACAAGCCAACAUCGCCCUCCGAGAAAAAUGCGAAUUCCUUCUUGGCUGGAACGUCGAAUUAUCUUCUCGUGUCAUUGCACAGAGACGAAUCGUGAAGAUUCAGAUAGGUAG